ACGUGUCUUCCUUGAGAAAAAAAAAAGUGCCAAAAUCCCUUCAACAAAAAUUUCCCCGAAAUCAACCAACUGUAUAAUUUAUGUGAUUAGUGUCAAAGAACCAGCGCUGUGAUUUAGUGCGCGCGGACCGCAAGUCAGGAUGACCCCGAAGGAGUGGCUCGCGCUGUUUGCCUUUUACGCGGCCUACCUGUUCUUUGGGGCGAGCGUGUUCUACCACAACGAGCAUGCCCUCGAGACGGACCGGCGCGCCGACGAGCUGGCCGAGCGGAUCGAGAUGAAUGAACUGCUCACCAAGUACCUGGCCCCGCACGACCGCGAAAUCCAGGGCGAACUCCUGGUCCGGCUGAGCGAGUACUGCGACAAAAAGGUGACCAACUACACGCUGGACGAGUACGUCGAGCCGUACACGUGGAACUUUUACCACUCGUUUUACUUUGCGUUCAUCGUGUGCUCCACGAUCGGUUAUGGCAACAUCUCACCGAACAACACCUUCGGGCGGAUCUUCAUGAUCUUCUACGCGCUGAUUGGCCUUCCGGUGAACGGGUUCUUCUUCGCCUACUUGGGUGAUUUGUACGGGAAAACUUACAUCCGGCUGUACCGGCGGUACAAGGCGUACAAGCUGUCCGCCAACUCGCACUACGUGCCGCGCAAGUUCAACUUUAUCGGACAGAUCGUGCUGUACCUGAUACCGGGCAUCGUGAUCUUCAUCUUCGUGCCGGCCUGCAUCUUCAAGUACUUUGAAAAGUGGCCGUACGACGUGGCCGUGUACUACGCGUUUGUGACGCUGACGACGAUCGGGUUCGGGGACUACACGACCACGUUCGAAAAGUCCCAGGAGUGGGAGUUUGGGCUGGCGUUCACGUUCUACCAGGUGUUUAUCAUACUGUGGUUCUUCGCGGGCGUCGGUUACGUGUUUAUGGUGCUGGGGUUCAUCGCAAAGGGACUUGCCCACAAGAAGGUUCAACGGUUGGAGAAGCUGCUGGCGGUGAACGUGAAGGAGACUCAGCAGCGCGUCUGGAACGGCGUUACCAAAGAUAUCAGCUACCUGAGGAAGAUCCUGAACGAGGUUUACAUGCUGAAGUUCAAGCCCGUGUACCAAGAACCCGAGGAUCGUCUAGCCUCUAGUCUGCACAUAACCCGCUCGGACUCGUGUCCGGAGUUGUCGAUGUACCGCGAGCAGGACGUUGACCCGAUCGGGCUCGAUCGCAAGCGAGCUUGCUCGAUGAUCACGAUGGACGACGCAGGACCCAAUCGUCGCACCAAAUCUACGGCCAGCAUUCCGGGAUCGCUGGGUCGUCGCCUGUCGGACAGUGACCUGAACCGGAUCAACCGCGAGAAGACGUUCGGAGUUCAGGCGUUGGUACAGCCUGCGGAACUGCUGGCGCGGGUCGUUACGGCGCUGGGUAAUAUCUCUACCAUUGAGGAGGACGGGCAGAGUAUUUUGGAGAGGGCGUCGCUCACAGCCGGGAUCAACUGCUUCUCGGACUCGCAGAUCCUGGCCAGCGAGCGGACCUGGUCCGGCUGGUCGAUGGUGGGCUCGGACAAAAGUAGCUACCUGGCGCCACCGCCGAUGGGUCGACCGCGGGCGUCCUCGGACAUUGGACUGCAUCCGCAUCACGCCAGUGGGAAUCCCAACGACUGGACGUGGAGUGGCGGAGACAACGUACAAAUCAAAGAAAUGCUUAAGAUUCGUCAGAAGGACAAAAAGUCCCGUGACGAGCUACGACGGGCAGCUAUCACCAACAGCAAGCAGCAGUUUGGAUCUAAUCAGAGCUUCCCUUCGGUUCCAGACGAUCGGCAAUCGCCGGUAUCCACGACGAACCGAAGUCUUCUCCAGAGGUUGAACCCCUUCCGGAAGCGGUCUUCCGCUUCGGACGGAAAACGCAACUCUAUCUACGACCUGGAGGCACCACGUCCUCUGGACAGCUACCUGGCCAAGACGGCCAACGGUCGAGCCUCAACCAUGAGUCUCUCCGCGCAGCACUACCUAACCCGGACCUCCGCCGGAAGAGGCAGCCUCCUGUCCAUCCCAGCGACCGACGAGCACGUGCUGGAGACCACCACGAUCGGUGACCUCAUCCGAGCCCUUGAACUCGUCCACACCCAAGCCGUCACCGAACCCCGAGCCGAUGAUUCCCCCAAGCGCAAGGUCGGAACGGCCACCCCACCCCGAAUGCCCUCGGUCAUGACCCUGUUCUCCGACGUCGGUCCCCGCCGCGGUUCCCUCAAACCCCCGCUCACCACCUCCUACAGCAACCCCCUCCAAUACCGCUCCCAAAACCCCCCGCCCUACAGUGCGGCCACCGCCUACCCACCCUCCCCCAAACCCAUCCGGCGACGCUUCAGCGUCCGCCCCUCCAACCUCGCCUACCCUCCCGGCCAGUGUCCCCGCCGCUCCGGCAGCAUAUCCCUCGACACGCCCCUCAACUCGUCCUCCUCCUCCCUGACCGUCCCCACAACCACCCUGCAGCGCCGACUGUCAACCCGCCCGAGCCCCCUCGCCCACCAGAACCAAAACCUCCUAACCGUCCCGGCCAACAAACCGCCCUGGCGGCCAACCCUGCUACGGUCCGACUCGGAACGCGUCUCGCUGCAAAGAACGACGAUGCCCCGAAAUCGUCACAGUAGCCUGUGCCAGAUGGACAACCAAAACAAUAACAGCGGAGGGGGUGGCGGCGCCAGUUGAUGACCAGGCGGCGCGAAACAAAACAGUAACCAAUCAGUAUUGCCUUCAAGUAGAGAAUAGGAUAAACGUUAAUAGCAAAAACAAGUGUAACAGAAAUCUAGUAGUGAUCAGUGAUAGCUAGUGCGUUUAGUUUGUAGGAUUAACAAAACACAACAAUAACACAUUCCAGCCACAUUCAGUCAUUAGGUCGUGUAAGAGAGAGAAAGAGAGAGGCAAACGCAUAGCAUUAUAGUACAAUAAUUGUGUGAGGAUAUACCAUUCCAAAUGGGGACACCAUCAGCAGAACGCAGUUUUUAGGAUAAUUGCGCUUAUUUAUCAAACAAAAGUGACGAUAGGCCAUGUUGAUUUAAGAAGGUAAGUCUAACUAGUUGAUCGUUUGUUUUACUUGGUAGGUUAGGUUUAAAUUUUACCAAAUUAUUACGAUGAUAGUACAGAAGAGUGCAUUUUGGACAUUCCAA